AGUGUCUUUUUUACGAGCAAGAGCUGAUCGAGGCUGGAAGGAGAGCACCCCAACCUGCCGGGCGGCGCGGGAAUCCGGGAUGGCUGCGGAUGGGGGAUGCUCGUGUCAAAGACAGUUUCACACAGCUGAAGUCCAUGGCAGUGUCGCCCCAAAGUUCCCCCCCUGCACCAUACUUAAUUUCUUGAAAACUCCGGCCGCCAGUUUCCUUUAGUGGGAGACAUCUUUUGAAAGCUGGGUAUUUGACCAAUUAUCUACAUACACAGUUAACCCUCGCCGAUCCCCACCGUUUGGCUCUCUCCUGAGUCGAUCCGUUCAGAUCGUCAAGAUGACAGCUACUACCACUUCCCCGGCCACCCAGGCCUUGAUCGACAAUGGAGGCAGCGAUCUAAAGAACCGAAAAAACAUCUCUCAAUAUACUUCCUUUUGGAGUGCCGAUCACACGAAGGAUACCAAGGAGGAUGAGAAAAACCGGAAAGACCAGUACGAAAAUCUGGUCAAUGGUUACUACGACGCUUGUACCGACAUUUACGAAUAUGGAUGGGGUCAGAAUUUCCAUUUCGCACGAUACUACAAAGGAGAGGCAUUUGCCCAAGGGAUCGCGAGACAUGAGCACUACCUUGCGGCCCAAAUCGGCAUCAAAGAGAACAUGAAGGUGCUCGAUGUCGGCUGUGGGAUCGGUGGUCCGGCCCGAGAGAUCUGCUCAUUCACAGAUGCCAACAUCGUUGGGAUCAACAAUAACAUCUUCCAAGUCGAUCGAGCCAUCAAGUAUUCUGCCAAGGCCGGCUUGAGUCAUAAGCUUACCUUCGAGAAGGGCGACUUCACUAACAUGGCCCCACAAUUCGGCGAGAACGUCUUCGACGCUGUCUACGCCAUCGAGGCCACUGUCCACGCCCCGGAGUGCGAAGACGUAUACGGAGAGGUCUUCAAGGUCUUAAAGCCCGGCGGCAUUUUCGGUUUAUACGAGUGGUGUUUGACUGACAAGUAUGAUCACGAGAACCCCAAACAUCGUCAAAUUCGCCAUGACAUCGAACUCGGUGACGCGAUUCCGUCGCUCCGCACGGUUGAGCGCACUUUAGAAGGCCUCAAAAAAGUGGGGUUCGAGGUGAUCCGCUCUGAAGACAUGGCAGCCCGAGACGAUCCGCUCCCCUGGUACUACCCUCUCCGCGGCAAGCUUUCGGAGGCCCAGACGGUCUGGGAUUACUUCACCAUCUUCCGAUUGACUCGCUUCGGAAAAGGACUCCUUUCUGGUACCGUCAGAAUCCUCGAGACUUUGGGCAUUGUUCACAAAGGCACAGCUGCAGUCGAUCGCUCGCUCAACAUCGCCGCCGAUGCUCUUGUUGCUGGUGGUGAAACUGAGAUAUUUACACCCAUGCAGUUGCUUAUCUGCCGAAAACCUGAGAGCAAGUAGAGAGAUAAUCUGGCGUCAAUGCCCCCCGAUCCAUUCACUCCUUUUUUCCACACCCCCCAAAAAAAACAUGUGUUUUGGCCCACAUUCCGCACUUCACUCCUUAUAUUACAUCUGUUGGAGUUCUUGACAAACUUCAUUCUGCUUGUGUUUUUCAUCAAUAUAUUGCUUGCCUUAACGUUAUCAUCACUUUUGCUACCCCGAUCAGAUUUUCAAGUACAAUUCAUACCACCAUGGCCAAUUUAUAGUACCUUUCAUCCCCAUGUUCUUGUUUGGAAUCGCGCCAAAUGUGGGGGGGACUUGUGAAGAUUGCUGAAGCAAUGUCUUACACCUAGUAUAUCGCUCAGAGUCCUCGG